AUGACCAGGACGCUUGAGACUGAAAAGCCGCAAGCCAGCGUCGGACUGUUUGAACUUGAAAAAGCAGGAAAUGUUGAGACUGUUCGGCGUAUCAAGUUUACUUAUCCGCUGAAAUUAAUUGUACCAAAGUCGACCUCGACGUUUACAACUCUUUAUGUGCUCAAUUAUGGUGGUGGACUCGUCGCUGGCGACGAAGUUCAGCUUCGGAUUUCUAUCGGAGAUCUUUGUGUACUGAGUAUCCAAACACAGGGCAGCACGAAAGUGUUUAAGACAAUUGCCGGUAAGGGACCUUCAACUCAAAAUAUAAAAAUCCGCAUUGGCUCACAAGCGACAUGUCUCUCACUUCCCGACCCUGUGCAACCGUUUGCAGACAGUGUCUACACACAGACACAGGUUUGUGAAUUAGCAGAUGAUACUUGCAGUUUAGCGUUACUCGACUGGAUGGUGAACGGUCGCAGCUUGCUGAACGAACGAUGGGAUAUGACUUCCUACGUCUCCAAAAACAUUAUUCAGAGAGAUGGAAAGACUCUGGUCCGAGAUGUGCUUAAACUUGUUAAACAAGACCCACUCUCGGCUUGUCCCAUUGCGGAUAGAAUGGAACAUUUUGAGUGUGUGGGCACGCUUUUUCUGGUGGGGCCACAGUUUAGACAACUAAGUGAGCAGUUGUUAGAACAUCAGCGAUGGAAGCUUGACCGCUUGAAUAAAACCAUGAAAGCAGAAGAACGGCCAGUAGUGCUGUGGACAGCUUGUUGCAUUCGAGGAGUUACUAUUGUGAAGUUUGGCUCACUCGAUACCCAAAGUAGUCGAGACUUUCUACUUGACCUUUUCAAAAAUUAUGCUUCUCAUAUCAGUUUGGAGGCAUUGCGGGCAUUUAGGUAA